AAGCGGCGGCGGCGGCGGCGGCGGCGUUUGCGGUGGUGCAGACUCCGCGGAGCGCCAGCACCUCGAGGCCCUUUCUCCCUACCCUGGUCCCCAGAAACAGGCCUCCCGGCCUUCCCUGCAGCUGCCGCGUUCUCCUGUGCGUGCAGCCCAGCGAGGGCUGAGGAGAAGGCUGCGAGCGGCCCUCGGGGCUGAGUGAUCCGGGCGGUUGCCCUGUCAGCGCGAUGCCUGGAGCGGUGGUGGAGGCGGCUCCUGGCUCCUCGCAGCCCCGGCCGUGACCGCCACGCCGAGCCCAGCCGGGCGGUUGGGGCCGUUGGACGUUUGUUUUCGCAGCCUUCCCCUCCCCCCUCGCUGAGGCGGCGGGGGUGUGCGUUGGGGAGGGGGAGCUCCGAGACUCCUCCCUCUCCGUGAUACUCCCGCCCCUCCCCCUUACACACUCGCACGCACUAUCGCGCCGGCUCCCACACGCUCGAGCGUCUCCCGCCCCGCUUCUCCGUGUCGGCCGACGGCGUCCAGGGCCCGCGGAGCCACCAUGUCCACUGCCUCCUCCUCCUCCUCCUCCAGUUCCUCUCAGACCCCUCAUCCCCCGCCGCAGAGGAUGCGGCGCAGCGCCGCGGGGUCUCCGCCCGCCGUCGCUGCCGCCGGGAGCGGGAACGGUGCGGUUGGCGGCGGCGUGGGCUGCGCCCCGGCUGCCGGAGCCGGCCGGCUGCUGCAGCCCAUCCGCGCCACGGUGCCCUACCAGCUCCUGCGGGGCAGCCAGCACAGCCCCACGCGCCCGCCUGCCGCCGCUGCCGCCGCCUCGCUGGGCAGCCUCCCGGGGCCCGGCGCGGCCCGCGGCCCCAGCCCCUCCAGCCCGACGCCGCCGCCGGCUGCAGCCACGGCCGAGCAGACACCACGGGCCAAGGGCCGCCCGAGACGGUCCCCAGAGAGUCACCGGAGGAGCAGCUCACCUGAGAGACGGAGCCCCGGCUCGCCUGUGUGCAGAGUGGACAGGCCAAAAUCUCAGCAAGUUCGGACCUCUAGUACAAUAAGGCGAACCUCCUCUUUGGAUACAAUAACAGGACCUUACCUCACAGGACAGUGGCCACGGGAUCCUCAUGUUCACUACCCUUCAUGCAUGAAAGACAAAGCUACUCAGACACCUAGCUGUUGGACAGAAGAGGGUGCAGAAAAGAGGUCACAUCAGCGUUCUGCAUCAUGGGGGAGUGCUGAUCAACUAAAAGAGCAGAUCGCCAAACUGAGGCAGCAGCUACAACGCAGUAAACAAAGUAGUCGUCACAGUAAGGAGAAAGAUCGCCAGUCACCUCUUCAUGGCAACCAUAUAACAAUCAAUCACACUCAGGCUACUGGAUCAAGGUCAGUUCCUAUGCCACUGUCAAAUGUGUCAGUGCCAAAAUCAUCUGUUUCACGUGUGCCCUGCAAUGUAGAAGGAAUAAGUCCGGAAUUAGAAAAGGUAUUCAUUAAAGAAAGUAAUGGGAAGGAAGAAGUAUCCAAGCCGUUGGACAUACCAGAUGGUCGAAGAGCUCCACUCCCUGCUUAUUACCGGAGCAGUAGUACUCGCAGCAUUGACACUCAGACUCCUUCUGUCCAGGAGCGCAGCAGUAGCUGCAGCAGUCAUUCACCCUGUGUCUCCCCCUUUUGUCCCCCGGAAUCCCAGGAUGGUAGCCCUUGCUCAACAGAAGAUUUGCUCUAUGAUCGCGAUAAAGACAGUGGGAGUAGCUCACCGUUACCCAAGUAUGCUUCAUCUCCCAAACCAAACAACAGCUACAUGUUCAAACGGGAGCCCCCAGAGGGAUGUGAGCGAGUGAAGGUCUUUGAGGAAAUGGCGUCUCGUCAGCCUAUCUCGGCCCCUCUCUUUUCAUGUCCUGACAAAAACAAGGUUAAUUUCAUCCCAACCGGAUCAGCUUUCUGUCCUGUAAAACUUCUAGGCCCUCUCUUACCGGCUUCCGACCUUAUGCUCAAGAACUCUCCUAACUCUGGCCAGAGCUCAGCAUUGGCAACUCUGACCGUUGAGCAGCUCUCAUCCCGGGUUUCCUUUACGUCUCUUUCUGAUGACACCAGCACAGCCGCCUCCACGGAGGCCUCUGCCCAGCAGCCAUCCCAGCAGCAGCAGCUCCUGCAGGAACUGCAGGGUGAGGACCACAUCUCUGCCCAGAACUAUGUGAUCAUCUAAAAAAAGGGGGAGCUGGCCUCCACCCUACCUUCCAUGGAUUAGAAACAAGAUUUCAGACAUCUAUCUGCAUGGAGUGACAAACUUUCUGAACACCACCACCACCACCAAUACUUAUCAGCAUCAUAAAAUAUCUCUUAACACUGAUCUUGGCAGGGAUGGAACUCCUAUUCAGCAGUUUUUGUGGAAAGCAGUAAUGCUUGCAAAACGUGUGUGUCAUUCAGCAUUUUAAGUGGAGACUAUGCAUUUCAUAGUAAGUUUGAGAGACUAGUACUUUGUCCUGUGUUUUGUUCCAGAUUCUUCGGUAUAAAUAAGCUCUAUAUCAAAAAGUUGCCUGUCUAAAUAGAAAAUGUCUUGCUGUGUUUUGUCCUAUGGAAAAUACUGUACUUCAGGAUUAUGUUUACAAUUGACCCAGGUGUUUGUUUCUAACUUCUGUAAUACAUACAAUGCAAAAAAAAAAAAAAAAAAAAAAAAAAAAAAAAAAA